AUGGCGCUACCAAAGAGAAUCAUAAAAGAGACGGAGAGACUGAUGGCUGAACCGGUGCCGGGGAUCAGUGCUGUGCCUCACGAAGACAACCUGAGAUAUUUUGACGUGUCUAUACACGGCCCUUCUCAAUCGCCAUACGAGGGAGGCAUAUUCAAGCUCGAACUAUUUUUGCCAGAAGACUACCCUAUGACACCUCCGAAAAUCCGGUUUUUGACCAAAAUCUAUCAUCCCAACAUUGACAAACUCGGCCGAAUCUGUCUCGACGUGUUGAAGAGUAAUUGGUCGCCAGCCCUGCAGAUCAGAACCAUUCUUCUUUCGAUACAAGCUCUGCUAGGUGCGCCCAAUCCGGAUGAUCCUUUGGCAAACGAUGUUGCACAGCGGUGGAAGGAGGACCAAGAAGCAGCAAUCCAGACAGCUCGGGAAUGGACCAAAACCCAUGCCAUGACAUGA